GAUUAGAUAAAUCUAAGUGUUUCAACUGCUGUUGGUAGCGAUAUCAUUGUCAUUCAUUCACAGUAACAAGCACAAAGGAAAAUUGUAAUGGACAGCCUCUAUCAGUUUUGUUUUUAAACUUUGUUGUAAGUUUUCCAUCCUACAUCAGGGGCGCAAAUGUAAUAAUUUGACCUUGGAGAUUCAUGAUUCCAGCUUAUUUUAGCCCAAUAGUUUCUGAUUCAUUCACGAUUUUUUAUCUCCAAACCUUAAACACGAUAAUUCAUGCUUCCUUCUGAUUGAUCUCCUAUGAUUCGUGAUUCAUGCUUCCACUCCCCCACUGAACGUUACAGCGAGGCAACAGUCGCAAGAGAAGUAAUAACGACUCGCAUUUUUGCUAUCAUCAAUGAGUUUUUAGAAGCCCCUCCCCCCACUCUGAAAGCUCUAUAAUUCAUCACAACGCUAAGGGCUUAUUGGAGUUGUUCGUUCGUCACGCAGUCAUCCAGAUCGUUUGUUGCGUGAUGUUGGUUGCCUUGGGUCCUUGAGGGUUUGAGUGCCUGGCAACAUGGACAACGCUGACUUAGAAAGGCUCUCCAUUUCUCCAGGAAAACUAUCGCCGAAAUUCCAUCCUAACACGACUGAAUACUCGGUUACUCUUGGAAGUGAUGUUAGUCAGAUCAAAGUCGAUCCACUGACAAGUGAUUCCGGGGCAUCGUACUCUAUUUCGGGAAGUGGUGGUGGAAAGACGGUCUCUCUCAAAGAAGGAGAAGUCACUCCCGUUAAAGUAGAAGUAACUGCAGAAGAUGGAAGCACAAUAAAAAAUUAUUUCAUUCACGUUACGCGGUUGUCUGCAAGUGAUGCGUCCCUCUCCGAACUCAAACUUUCCAUUGGUCUUCUUUCUCCAAAUUUUGCUUCCAACAUUACAAGUUACUCUACUUUUGUUCCGUUUUCUUGCUCUUCUGUUGAAAUAACUCCCGCCGUAGCUGAUAAGAAAACUGCAGUCAAAGUUAAUGGAACUGAAUCGAAAGAACCAACAGCUUUGAGAUAUGGCGACACAGUUGUUGAAGUUGAGGUAACCUCACCGGACACCACCAAUAAACGAACGUAUUUGUUGGUGGUCUCAAGAUUGAAGCUCCCAAGACCGAUUGAAUUUUCAGACGAGAAGCAACAACUGAGGUUUCAAUGUCCCGUUUGUCUAGGAAUUCUCUAUCGUCCAAAGUCCAUCAAAGAUAGUGACCCCAAGCAUGUCUUCUGUAAGUGCUGCAUCGAUGAAUUAACGCGAACCUCAAAGGUGGACCCGUUGGACGGUUCCCCUCUGGCUGAUAUAUGGCGUACUGACGAAUAUGAACUAGACAAGGAGUUAUCUUCCCAACAGGUGUUCUGUGUUUACAAGCACUGGGGUUGUGGUGUCGAAGUUAAGCUUUGUGAUCUGGGGUCUCAUGUUCUGCAGUGUGAUUUUAGACCUGCUGCAGUGGAGAAAGGUGGACAGCUAGUCCCAACUAAGGAUUUAGAAGAAAAGUCAAAGGAGGCUUCUAAAGGUUGCACUGACUGUAACCGACCAGUGCGAAGUUCUGAGCUGGAGGAACACAAGACUUUCAUGUGUACCAGUAAACAUACCAACACCGGUGUAAGGCACAAGUCUGAAGUAAGAGCAUGGGAGAAAAGGCUACAUGUGGAAACAAAUGAAAAAUCUGCUGAUAAGUUGGCUAAGACUGCUGAAGAGCAAAUCAAUGAAUGCUUCAAAGUUUUACCACAGCAUGGAAAUGCGGGUCAUUAUGAUGGAGAAAUUUCUCCAUUGAGGUAUCUUGAGAGGGCAGCAGAGUGGCUUGCAACAGCCAUCAAGUUAUCACCUAAAAAGGCAGAUCUUCAUUUUCAAUUGGGGCAGGUAUUAGAGGAGCAACAUUAUGUGCAGGAUGUGUAUGGUAUCAAACCUGAAAAAUCAUCUGAUGAUGAGGAGAUGGAUUUCAAUAUGAUAUCCAAGGAGAGCUCAAAAGAGGAUGAUAUUCAAGCCAUCUGUGAGUUGCGCGGAGCAGGACGGAAUGCUCCCCUGGCCCUUCAGUUGAAAGCUAUCGAUGAAGAGUAUCACUACUUGCUGGAUCAAGGACAGUCUGACAGAGCAGACUAUGUUCAGAAGCUGUAUGGAUGGAAAUCAAAACAGGCUACGCAGAAUAAAACGGCUCAGCUGGCAAGCAAUGAGGAAGAACCCCUCGGCAAAGCCUACCUAAAAUACUUAGAUGCCCUGGUCAAUGGAGCUGAUAAUCACUUGUACAACUUGCAUGUUGGCAGAAUGCUUCUGCUUCAAAGCAAACCAGAAGAAGCUGUAUCUCGUCUUCAAGUGGCUGUUGGACUAAAGCCCACCAGUCUUGAGGCAAGAUUUUACCUUGGCUUGGCUUUGGGCCAACAAAAAGAUGGACCUGGCAAAAGAAAAGAGGAAGCUGUAAAAUAUCUGUCUGAAGGGAUUGAGCAUCUGCUGAACCAAAUGACCGUCGAUGCAAAUGACCCAAGCAAGGAAAAUAAAAAAUGGCAACAGAUAACUCUAUCGUCCAACAACUUGUCAAGACCUGAUAAUGUACAGUGGCUUCAGGGAUGUAGUGUCCUCAGCAACGUGUGCAAACAAAUGACAACACCACCUUCAGGUGUUAUGUCCAGAGUAAACGCCCUUCAUACCGCUGCCAUGCUUGCCUCUCACGUUUUGACGCACCUUGUAGCCAGAGGGGACACUUAUCAUCAGGUUGAGUGGGUAUUAUAUGAGACUCAUUUCACUCUCCUCCAAAUGAAACUGGAUGAUGCUAAGAGUAAAGGGAAUCAAAAGAAUGGCGAAAUUUCUUCUUUUUGCGAGAAUUUGUCUGCUCUACUCAACUGCUCGGUCAUUCCGCCCGGAAAACAAAUUCUUGAACUGAAAGAAAAGACCUGCCAGCAAGCUGUGCUACUUCAGUCAUGUAACAGCUGUGCCCUGUACCGCUUGGGUGAUGCCCAGCUAAGCCUCUAUGACAAUGAUGACCCUACUUCUGCUAAUGCUAAGCAGACUCUCGAGGAGGCUGAGCUGAGUUAUCGAGCAAGCAUUGAGCUUGAGGGUUCCCCUUCUUUUGGUGGAGAGAUGCCAGCAAAGAUCACUGAUCAACGGUGGUUCAAAGAACAGAAAGCGAAGAAAGAGGCAGAAAAGAAAGCAGCAGCGGCAGGGGGAACUCCUCAGAAGACAGCUUCAUCCCCAGCAGGUAAAGCGGCAUCCCCUGCUGGGCGUGGUGGCAACCAAGCGGGAAGAGGUUCAUCAACACCAACACGCGGUAAACCUGCUGUUGGAGGAAGGGGCAGCUCACCUUCCACUAGAGGUGGAGCUGCUGCAGCAAAAGCAUCAUCUGGUGUAGCUCGCGGCAAGACGUCUCCGACAAAACCUUCUGGUACAGCAGGGAGGGGUGGUGGCACAGCUGGGAGGAGUGCUGCCAGAGGAGGGAGCAAUAUAACUACCAACAAACCAUCAGCUCAUAAAUCAGGGGCAUGCUCACCAACGAAGCAACCAGCCUCGUCCAAACAUUCAACACAAACAAAGCCAGUCGCACAGAGCCCAGUAACACGAUCCACGCCGGCCAAACCUGCCACGCCAAACCUUACCACUGAACAGAAGCCCAGCGGACCUCCCAACAAACCUUCCUACAACGCUCGUUUGGGAUUGGCUCGAGUGCUAAUGCGUAAGGGAGGUGAUAGCAUCAGUGAAGCUCAUACCCUGUAUGAAGAAGUCAUCUCAAUGGCACCGUCAGUUCACGAUGCUUACAUUGAGUUAGCAGACUCUUUGAUCAAGACCGACCCUAUGAAGGCUGUUGAUACCUACAGCGUGUACCCUUUUAAAGAGCCGCUGACGUUCGAUGAUGCAUACAUCUACGGUGAGAUGGUUCGUUUGUUGAUGAAGAAUGAGAAAUACGAUGAUCCUAGACUGGGUCCAAGUAUGAUCUCGCUUGGUAAAAUAAUGGGUCUCACUGUCUUGGAAAAGUACGUUGAAGCUCUAGACAAGACUUUCAAGUAUAGUAAACUGCUUAAGGAGGUGUAUGCUGGAGUUCAUGGUAAAAGCGUCGAUGAUUCGGAUUUGCAGCAGUUUUUCAAGUUUAAAUGUUGGGUUUGAGAAUGCAAGUGCCACA